AUGUUAAUACAACGGCUGCUCGGACAACCUCAAAGCUCUGGCACUGCAAUGUCUCUAAAGUCACUACAUGAUGUCAUACAUGAAUGUUUGUUGGCAUUAAAUAACUUAAAUGUUCAAACAGUUCAUUGGGAUCCACUCCUCCUUCAUUUAUUAACAAAGAAGCUGGAUGCAACUACACAUACGUUGUAUGAGCAAUCAUUGGCAAGGCCAAAGGAAUUACAAUCAAUGACAGGGUUUCUAAGUUUCAUUGAAACACGUUUUCAAACUCUGGAAGCAAUCGGCCAAAAGAGUACUACCAAUAAUAACGUAAAGGUAUGUAAUACCGCAACAAUCAACAAAUCAACCAGGCAAUCAUGCAUAUAUUGUAAGCAAGAUUUACAUCAAAUAUACCAAUGCAAAGGGUUCUUACAAGCAAAUACUUUUGAACGACUACAAUUUGUUAAAAAACAAAACUUAUGUCGUAACUGUUUGCGACCAGGUCAUAUAGCAUACAACUGUAAAUCAGGCAAUUGUAUCAAAUGUAAUCAAAAACACAACUCUUUACUACAUGUAAACUCAUGGGUUAAUGGCACUGAAAAACAUACAACAAUACCAAAGUCUAACAAUACUCAACGCAAUGUAAGCACAGGUUUAAGCGUUGAUCAUCAAGCAUCAUUAACUAUUGCAAGAAAGCACAAUGAACAGCAAUAUGUAUUCUUAGGAACAGCAACUAUAAGAUUAUUGGCACAUAACGGCCAAGAAAUUCAAUGUAGAGCAUUAUUAGACUCAGGUUCUCAAGUUAAUUUAAUGACCGAGAGGGUAGCUCAUCGACUAGGAAUAACUCCAAAAGCAACAUCAAUGCGUAUAAAUGGAGUUGGUAACACCACAAAGGGUGCUCGUCAAAGAAUCAGCACUGUCUUUAAAUCAAUGAAUAGCAAUUUCAAUACAAAUUUAGAAGCAUUUGUGUUACCACAUAUUAUUGCUCCACAACCAACACAAUGUGUCAAUAUCAGUUCAUGGAACAUUCCAAAAAAUAUUACAUUAGCUGAUCCUAACUUCAAUGAGCCACAAAAAAUAGACGUAUUAUUAGGAGCUGAAUUUUAUCCACAUCUCUUAACGUCAGGGCAAAUCCAAUUGGGAGUCGACAAACCAAUACUCCAGAAUACUACUCUUGGAUGGGUUGUAAGUGGCAAACUAUCAGAAACAGCAAAAGGUGACGCAGUCUGUUGUAUGUUUAGCGAAGAAGAAGAUUCGCUAAAUAAUCUUCUCGUCCGAUUUUGGGAUCUUGAAGAAUCAGCACAAAAUUCAAAACUACUGUCUGAUCAAGAAAAAUUAUGUGAAACUCAUUUUGUGGAAAACUUGAAACGUACUAAAGAAGGCAGAUUUAUUGUGAAAUUGCCACUUAUUGACAGUGUAUCAACAUUAGGAUCCUCUAGUGAAAUUGCACAACGCAGAUUUUUCUCUCUUGAACGACGGCUGUCAAAAAAUGAAGCUUUAAGGGCACAAUACGUGCAGUUUAUGACUGAGUAUAAAGAUCUCGGUCACAUGGAAGAAAUUCAACCUGAUGACAUCAUGGCCUCACAUUAUUUCAUUCCUCAUCAUUGCGUGAUAAAACCAGAUAGCACCACGACAAAAUUACGUGUUGUGUUUGAUGCAUCUAGUAAAACUUCAUCAGGUCGAUCAUUAAAUGACAUUAUGCAUACUGGUCCUGUGGUACAGAGCGAUCUAUUCUCAAUAUUAUUACGAUUCAGAAUUCCAAGAUACGCUUUCACAACGGACAUUGAGAAAAUGUAUAGGCAAAUACUUAUUCACCCAGAAGAUCAAAUGCUACAAUUAAUCAUUUGGAGAAAUAGUCCACAAGAGCCGCUACGAUUUUAUAAACUAAAAACUGUGACAUAUGGGACUCGAUCAGCUCCAUACUUAGCUACCAAAUGUUUACAAACUUUAGCAAGAGAAAGUUCUGGUACUUAUCCAUUUGGAGCAGAGACCCUACGAAGAGAUUUCUAUGUCGAUGAUGGAUUAUGUGGUUCUAACAGUCUGAUAGAGGCUAAGGUGAUUCAAGAACAACUAAUUAACAUUUUGAAAUCAUAUGGUUUUAAGCCAAGAAAAUGGUGCGCUAAUCACCCACAAUUACUACAAAACAUUUCACCACAUGAUCAAGAAGUCUGUUGGGAUAUUUCUACUUGUUCGUUCAAAACAGCUAAGACUUUGGGAAUGAUUUGGACACCACAGCUUGAUAAUUUGUGCAUAACAACAAGUAUAACACCAUGUACAACUUUUACUAAGCGUUCAGUAGCUUCAGACUUAGCAAGAGUUUAUGACCCAUUGGGAUUGGUAGCACCAAUCAUAGUCACAGCAAAAAUAUUUGUUCAACGAAUUUGGGAAUUAAAGACGACCUGGGAUGAUCCGUUACCUCAUGAAUAUGAAGCCGAAUGGGUUAAGUUUCGGUCAAGACUGCAAGAAAUUAAUAAUAUGAUCAUUCCGAGACAUGUUUUUAACCAUGAAAUUCCAUUAGAUAUUCAAUUACAUUGUUUUGUAGAUGCAUCUGAAAAGGCAUAUGGAGCAGCAAUCUAUGUAAGAGCAAUUCUAAAAACAGAUUUCAAUAACGACGGCAAACCUGACAAUAUAACGUUUAUGAUAAAACGAAUUAAAGUUCACAACAUGAAUGCAGUCAAGGAUCCCGCCUACCGAUUUCCUGGAAAUUAUGGUGUCGAAAAGUUCUUGGAAUUGUUUUCAGAGGAGGAUUAUGAUGCUUUCUGCCUGGCGUAUAUGUUCACCUACAGAGACUUCGAAAUGGGUACCUUAGGAUUGGCAUGGACUGGUGAUUUGAAAAAUGCCGGAGGAGUUUGUGAAAAAAAUGGCAAUGAAAAACUAAUUUUAAGUCAUCACGAGGAUAAUAAUCUUAUCGCACAUUAUCCUGAAUGUAAAAUCUUGAAGUGA